UGCUAACAUGCUGAUAACAUUGAAACCAUAUCACAUUCACACUAACGCAACCCGCAUGUGUUUUCUUUUAUUUCUCUGGGAAUUUUCUUAUUUACUCAAUGCUAUUUAUUAAUUUAUUUCCGUGAUAUUUUAAGAAAUCGAGAAAUCUGCUGUGAAAUGAUUAUAUUCGAUAUUUUCUUUUUUUUUUUUUAAUUGAUAUAGAAUAAUUUUCUCGUUUGUAUUUGUAUCUAUAAAAUUUGCUGAUAGAAUGCAAAAGAAUUUAUAACAAUAGCAAAAAAAAAAAACAAUGUUUAUUGUAGCUUAAUCUAUAUGGACCGUCGCGGCGGAGACCAUUUCUAACUUGACCUCGUGACCGCCCCACUUUCAUGUAUAUUCCUACACCCCAUAACAUUACGCGAAAGACAUUCCAUGAGAUUUAAUGUAAUGUGUGUGUUUUGCUGAGCUGAUGGCGAAAAAAAAACUGCACCAUGGAUAUAUAACGUAAGAAAUGGCGUAUAAAUACCGGGAAGAAAUUGUCGGGAAAAGAUUUUUGUAUGUUUCUGGUCCUGGAAAAUUAAAACUUGCGAAAAUUUCUGACUGGGAAUGGCGCUCUGGUGUGGUACGAGCAGUUUCUGGCAAGGAUACUACUAACGUAGAACUGUCUAUACUGGUAGAAUUUGAUGGAAUAAGUUGGGACAAACGAGAAUGGAUUAAAAUCUAUGAAAUAUGUCAGAUUUUCCUUGUGGAGUACUCAGUUGUUUUAGUUCCAAGAGAAUUUCCAAACAGAUCACCCUCUCAGAUGAAAUGGCCUGCUCUGAAUUUCAAACCCCUUAUUGACAAAGUUGGCAUAAGUAACAGCCGCCAGAAGCCUGUUGAAUUCUUUGUUGACAGAGAAUUAUUGGUUACAGAUGAAAAAGAAAUCAUUAAUUACAAGGAAGGAGAUGACAAUUUUCCAUCAAUAUCAGAGUACCCAAAUUUAAAAGAAUCUGUUAAAAGCUGGGUGGACUACCAAGAUGGACAGAAAAUACUGUUGACAACUCCAACAGUUUUAGUUGGGUACCGAGUAGAAGUCUAUCGUGCUGAAGGAACAACGCAAUGGUACACUGCUGUUAUCAAAGCCUAUAACCAUGCUUCACAAACUUUGGCUGUCACAGACGAUACUGUACUUGAAGCACAUAAUGAAGAUCCGGCCCUUAUACAGAUGCGUUUGAUUGAUGAUGGAGGUAAAUUAAAUUAUUUUUUGGGGUCAGGAUUUACACCUGCAACCUCUUGGGGGUGUUGUAGCAAAUGCCAACCUUAA